AGUUCCUUCACGACGUGGAAUGUCCUUUUGUUCCCUUACGUAAGUACCUUCUUCGCAGUCACAGUCUUGUGAGCACUAGCUUGGCAACAUUCCGCACUCGCGUGUUUUUUUCCCAUUAAGUACUCACUUGGAGGUUUCUCCGCGUGCUAGGUUCAUUGUUGUCGAGCGUUUUACAACUCCUCGCCGAGCAGAAGGAAACAAAAUGUUUCCGUGCUUGAUGGACGUAGCUGCCGUGGAUGCGAUCCACGACCAGGCCAGAAAAGGUCAACAAGAACAGCGGUUCACAGUCUCUGCAUCUCACCUGAUCGGGUACACCAGCAAUAACCUACGCGAGGUGGGCGGCACUUCGUUGCGGCUGGGCCUGGACGUGCCACCUUCGGCGGGCGCGGGGGUAAAAGAAAGACAGAAUCAUGACAGAAGGUUCCGACCGGGUAUCUAUAUCGUGGUACUUCAGGCACAGCAGAAUAAAAUCUCCACCACGUCAACGUCAGCAGAAACACCGACCGGAGGGGUGGUGGGGCUGGGCGCAAUACCACCGCCGGAGGAUGUGGGAGAGAACCGCAUUGAAGUCAUACCCUUUCAAAGGCACAGCACGACGACGGCGAAAACAACGGGAUUAGAGGACGAACGGUGCAGGUUCUGGACGGAGGAGGAGAUUGGACAUUGGCUCCCGGAUCACGCGAAAACGCCCGGGGCUGUAUUUGGUUCUCCGGCAGAAAAAGAUGGACAAAAGGCGGGCGUCAGCGUUUAUUUUCUGCGGCGGAUAGCAGAUUUCUCGCACCUAGGCGUUGGGCCGUGGCUGCGGGACCAAAUCCUGCGACACCAAGAUAAUGUCAAUGAGGCUUUUCUGAAGCAGGCACCCGGGGGUUCUGCAGCCUCCGUGGGAGUAGACCUCACACCGGGCGAUGAACUACCUUUCUUUCUGGAAAAGAUCGCGAGGAGUCGGCACAGCUGCUUGGCAACUGAUGUGGUGGACCCGACGCGCGAGAUGGAACCAAAUCAGAAAGAGAUGGCUGCCUACUGGACAAGACACGGAGGGGUGUGA